GACCGUUGUUGUGAGGAGUCGGAACAGACACGCACAAAUCGAAGAUGACUACCCCGGCUAAUGUCCACCGCAACAACCCUCCUGCCGAGGGGAGGAUGCGUGAAACAGCCGGGGCGGGAGAGUCGAGGCCCCAUGAUCAUUGUGCCGAGCGGAUUCCAUCGAGUAAAGGAAAUGCCCAAAAGGGGCAGGAUUGGAGUUUUGAUCGAGUAACAGCGGUGAGGCAGAGCAAUCAGUCGCUGCAGGAGAGGCCCGAUGGCGGAUGCCGGAGGCGCCCGAUUCCGACCCAUGGUUCUGAGUGGUCCAGCAGAUAAGACCGGAAUUUUCUUCACUUGCCCCAUGAGGAGCCAGCGUCCCGAAGAGGCAACGAUGAGGGUGUACAGAAGUGAGGCCCUCCGGUGGAAAAGGCACCCUGUCCCAGCCGGAGCGAGGAUGCUGGCACUUAUAAGCCCCGGUUAUCGAUAUCGCGAUAACAUAGGGUCCGGUCCUGCAGGCCAGUCACCGGGUCAAUCAUCAACAAAGGAGAUGCCAGGCUGGCCAGCCGGUGGAUCCGUCCAUGGGGUGGAGCCAGGUUUUUGUUACUCGAUGGGAUUAUUAGGUUCGAUCCCCGUGGGUCUGGCGGCGGCGCGAAAACAAAGCCGGGCUUAUCUGGGCGGACAUUUAAAGUCCUUAUCGCGGCCUGGCUCGUCGUCCUCUCGCCUCGUCGCUCCUUAUCAGACAUCACAUCCCUUGCCUCUCAAGGUGCUGCAGCCUUUCCUGUUCCGUCGGUUUCUUAUCUCUUGUCGCCUCUUAACUUUGGCCAUCCUCAGCCUGCUCUGUUCGCCCACCUCCGGGUUCAUCUCCUCUGUCUUUCGUUCAUCCCCUUCCCCGGAUCUUUUAGCGCCCAAUCCUUUUGACCUGUCAUCAUGGAGGCUUCCCAAAUACCUUCAAUCGCGGUCAUCGCCUCGUCCCGCGCCGUUAUCUCCGGCCGUUUGACAUCCGCCACCAUCGUGAUCUCUCGCACUUCCGGCAAGAUCACCGCUGUCUUCGAUGUGGUCAUCCCGGCUUCGGACUUCCCUGCUGGCACCCCCUAUACUGAUUAUACCCCUCAUGUGCUGCUGCCUGGACUGGUGGAUGCCCACGUCCACCUGAACGAGCCGGGCCGCACCGAAUGGGAAGGCUUUUACACCGGCACCCAGGCUGCUGCCUUCGGUGGUGUCACCACAGUGAUUGAUAUGCCCCUGAAUGCUAUUCCCCCCACCACCACGGUGGCCAACUUCAAAGAGAAACUCCGUGCUGCCCAAGGGAAGUGCUGGGUUGACGUUGGCUUCUAUGGUGGCAUCAUUCCCGGUAAUGCCGGCGAUCUGAAGGCCUUGGUCCAGGAGGGCGUUCGCGGGUUCAAGGGCUUCCUCAUAGAUAGCGGGGUAGGUUUU